CAAAGCUGAAAAACAAUGAUUUGUUGUGGUUGUUACUAUACAAGGCUGUACUCAAUAUAAAUAUUUUUCAAUUGCUGCAGGAAUUCGACUGCUGCCAACAUGGAAGAGUUCAAUAAUGACGCCCUGCAUACUUCACUGGCGUGCAUCCAAAGUGCAGUCAGGAGAGAUGGUGUGCCUAUCACAACGCUGAUACAGAUGCUUGCCCAACUUCCGGCAAGCGUCAGAGGGCCGUUUGCGGCAACAAGAGAAACCGUAGAGUUGGUUGUUAGUCGCUUUCCCACAGCUUUUUUCAUAGACUCUUAUGACAAUGUCUAUGUUCGCUCAAAGGACUGUCAGGCAUCUACAGGCGCGUCAAAAAAGUACACGCUGUCUGCCAACAAGAAGAUGAAUACCAUCACACGUUUCCAUGAUGUCAAGGGCUGCAUGACCAAGGUGAUGAGUGGCUAUGGGUUCGCCACGAUGGAACAUCCUGUAAAAUCGCUCGUUUUUGUGCACAAGAUGUUCGUCGAGCAUGGAAGGCCAGAUGACCCAAACAGACUCGGUCUGCUAGUAGGGGAUGUCAUCAUCAUGGAUGUAGAAGAGAAUGGCUCAUGCCCCACAGUCCGUUUCAAUGCGGCGCGUGUGCGACUUCUUGAAGCUGUCCCUCAGCCUGCGCAUAAUUUGCGCCCCACCACGGCAGUGCCUCAUGCAAAUAACAUCCAUUCCGAUGCUGCGCAUGUGAGACAUCUCGAAGGUGGCACUUGGCCUGCACACAGUUCGCCUCCCACCAUGGCAGUGCCUUACACGAAUAAUAAGGAGCAGCUAUUGAACCAGGUUGGCGUAAUCCACUCGCUUGAUCGCGAGGGCGGUGUCAUUAGUUUUGGCAGUGAAGGUACAGAGCAGGCCUUCUUUUCAAAGGCUAGUGUUCCCAAGACCUUGCUGAAAGCGACAAAGAUGAUGCAUGAAGUAUUCAGUGUUGGCGACAAGGUGUGCCUCGACGUGCAGCGAAACCGUAACCCAAGAAGGCAAGGGAAGUGGCAAGCAACCAUGGUGACCACAGUUGAGCACGACUCGCACAGUGUAGUGUUUGAAGAUUACACGACACCUCCAAAAUCGGCAGUGAAGAGCCGCAAUCCUGAGACCUCACGGAAGCCCACAGCAACAUCGUUUGAGGUAUCUGGUGUCCGUGAAGAGUCACGCAUCAGUGCGCAGCAACACUUUCCAAGCAAGCAAGAGAAGUGCCAUGCAGCCGUGGCAAACACAGCCCAACACAAUGGGUCUAGUAAUGUCUAUAGUGUGCCUACCGGGACUACAGCCCCAAUGGAGGAAAAGAAAAAAAAGAAAAUGCAUUGCACCAAUGCCAGGAAAAAAUGCACACGUGGUCGUCUCACCCUUGACCAGUGCGUCAGUGUGGCGUUCUCUAGGCACAGAAAGCUGUCGAGCUACGGAGGCACCCUUCACGCUGAUUCCGAAACGUUGGGGCACGUAAAGUGCCAUUGCAACGGCACCAUUGCAUUGGUACUAAUCGACGUCGUGUACAGUCACGGCAGAAAGGUCGAGCAUUUCGGCGAGUUAUCAGAGAAACCCACUUCCGAGGAGGAUACCAACGUCUUUGUCGACGCGGUUGAAGUCGAGCACGAUUUCUGGCUGGCAACUCUAGUGUGGAGUGGUGAACGCCCCAUGAAACCGCACGUGAAUCGCAGUGAAGACAUAUUUUCUUCCGUUCUUGAAUCUGUGAGCAACGGGGAGCUCGCAAAAGGCGUCGGUCUCGCAACGCUCAAGUACUGCCUCGACGCCUGCCAGAGAUGUCACUCCACUUCUGCAUAUGGCGCUAUCUACACUGGCAGCUUGAAUGAGAGCUCCAUUCAGACCGCGGGACAGCGCAGGACGGUCGGCCAGGUGCAGGAGCCAAGUGACUGCCCACCAACAGCGUAUCCUGCUUCUGACAAAGACGGCAUCGUCCACUCUGACAUUGAAUUUCCGGGCUGGAAACCAAAUGCUGCAAUCCAGCCUGACCGUGGUGGGCUACCUGAAGAAGCAGACAUUACCGCCAUAGACAAGACAAUACACCCCGCUCUUGUCAACAUUGCCGCACCAUGCACUGCAGCCACUUCUGAUAUGAUGGCGUUUCAAGCCUCCAUCUGUGCUGAUUUUGUUGACACCUCGGCUGAGCAGCCAACGGCGUGUUCCAACAUGCGUAAAACCAUGCAAACGGCGGCGUCUUCACUCUGCGAAGACAACACAAAUGAUGUGUGCAGUGGUGGUGAUGCUGAACUGUGAUCUCAACGUGAGUUGUUGCAAUUCCCCUUAGGAUGCCAGAAUCUUGCAGCACAGCCAUUAAAUGUGCCAUGAAAUAGUUCAACUUCAGUCGCAGUUUUGGUCAUCCAAAAUA